ACACGGGUAUUUUUGUACAGGCAGUUUAUGCAGCUCUCGCUUAGGGUCCUUUAGCUGGAGGUGACAUUCAGUCGGCUAAGCAGGAGACAAGUCGACCAUCGUCUUACAAUGGCGCAGGCAGUGCAAAAGCUGGUCGCUAAAGUACCAACUUUGGUUGGCGCCGCCGUCACCUACUCCAAACCUCGGCUAGCAACCUUCUGGCAUUACGCCCGUGUUGAACUUGUUCCACCGAGUCCAGCCGAGAUCCCCAAGGCCAUCGAGGGGGCAACCAACAUCAUCAAGGGUUUCCAGACUGGACGGCUGGGACAAACGACAGUGAAGGAUGCUUUAAGGAAUGGGCUGGUGGCAACUGAAGUCCUGAUGUGGUUUUACAUUGGAGAGUGCAUUGGAAAAGGAGGAAUUAUUGGCUAUGCUGUCUGAACUUUUGGACUGUCGUUAUUAUUCUAUUCCUCUUGAGCAUUGUGUGCGCUACAUCCUGCAAAAUGUCUGGGAACAAUAAACAGAUGUCUAUUAUUACAAAA